UUUUUUUUUUUUAUUAUAAAUAUUCUCUCUUUUUUUCUCUCCAUUUUUGUUAGGCUUCGUGAAGAGUCCAUGACGCCAUUGUUUGAUUUUUCUACGCCAGCGUAACAUUUGUGAUGGGUGCAUUAUUAAUAUUUACGUGAUCAACAUUUGGCUACAAUAAUUGGUUACCCUUGUUUGUUUAAUGAUCUUGUGGGAUGAAUAUGAAACUUGUUGAGCUGAAUCAUAGUCGACCAAAGCAAUAAAAAUGCUAAGGAAUUACGUUAUUCUAUGUAAUAAUGUCACACAAGAGUGCUGCUGAGGCAUAUUACUCGUGAAAAUUGUGAAACAAGAUCAUUUUUAGGCAUAACAAAAGACAAAAAGAAGAUCCAAGAAGCUUAGAGAUCUUGUGCCAAAAGAUAAUAUCAAAGCGCUGGAUGUUUUAGCUUGAUUGGGAUUUGAAAAGAAAAGAUGUCGUUUAAGAGAUCGAAAUCAGAAGCUGAAAAAACUUUAUCUCCUGAAGAGCAGCAGACCAUGAUUGGAGAAGUUAGAAAGAUAAUUGGUCCAAUUGCUGACAAGUUCUCUACUCUGUGUUCGGAUGCAUCAGUUCUAAGAUACCUUAGAGCACGAAACUACAAUACUAAGAAGGCUGCAAAGAUGUUGAAAGGAUCCAUAAAAUGGAGGCUGGAGUUCAAGCCAGAGAAGAUCCAAUGGGAUGAUGUUGCUCAAGAAGCUGAGAGAGGAAGGCUAUAUAAAGCUGAUUACAUGGACAAGCAAGGAAGGAUUGUUUUUGUUAUUAGACCUGGUAUUCAGAGUGCAAGCAGCUCAUGUGCCCAAAUCAAGUACCUUAUUUACUGUUUGGAGAAUGCCAUAUGGAAUAUAAGUUCCAAUCAAGAAGAGCAGAUGGUUUGGCUUAUUGAUUUUCAAGGGUGGAGCACAGCAUGCUUAUCGUUGAAGAUCGUCCGAGAUACUGCUCAAAUCCUGCAGGCUCAUUACCCUGAGAGGUUGGGCCUUGCAAUCUUUUACAAUCCACCAAAAGUGUUUGAGUCAUUUUGGACGAUGGUGAAACCAUUUCUAGAACCCAAGACUUACAAAAAGGUGAUAUUUGUUUACCCUGACAACCCAAGGAGCCGCCGCAUGGUGAUGGAGGAACACCUUGACAUGGACAAGCUGGAAUCCUAUUUUGGUGGGAAAAAUACGGUUGGAUUCAACUAUGAAGCCUAUGCUCAGAAAAUGAAAGAAGAUGACAAAAGCAUGUCUGAUGUUUUUGAUUCAUGUUGUUCAUCGUCGCCAGGUUUUUUAAGCUCCGAAUUUCAUGAAUCGGUGUAGUCAGGAACCAAUGAUUCUGAGGAUGAAGCAUCUAAUGAUGGAGUAGUUUUUUCCAACUUGGAGAAAGAUGAUGAUAGUAGUCCAUAUCAGAAGAUGCCUUGCUCCCAACAUGAAUCAAAAAAGACAUGAAGAGCUGAAUUAGAAGAGAACUAGGCACUUGGCAGGAUUAACUAUAUUAUAUUACUCAUUCAAAUUUUACACAAACACUGAACUUAACCAGUUUGUACUAUUGGUUUGAAUUUUGAAAGUGACAUCUGAAUCAUUACUCUCAA